UUGUCAUCUCCCUCCUCCUCCGCUUCUUCUCUUCUCUGUAUCCUUCACAUAUACACGCACACAAGCAGAAACCUUAUUCAAUUGCGUAGCAUGGAGGAUGGGUUGAGUGUAAGUCCCACCCCGCAUACAACGGCGAUGGCCGCCGAGGUGGCCAUCUCACUCGUGAUCCGCAAUUCGCUACAUGUGCUCUCAGAGGGAAAAAUCCUCUCCAGCGGAUUACGCAACCAGAUCAACAUGGCUCUUGAUGAACUCCAGAAUAAAUUCAUCACCUUGGAGUUACCGGAAUCCGGCACCGACGAAUCUGGCCUCCUGGAUCUGGCUCGAGGUGCUGUGGACUUGGCCGAUAGGUUCCUCCUGGAAGCAUCACAACACUUGAAGUCCCACAAGGGCCGCCUUGCGAAGAUUCGAGCAUUAGCCCACUUCAUGACUCUCUGGAUACGCGUACGCGCCACCAAAAGGACGGCCAGCGAUUUCAUCACCAGAGUCAAGGAGUUGUCCGAACACCCGUCCCUAAUGCAAGUUCUGUCUCGUAAUGGUUCAUCGAGGAAUGCGCAUCAUGGGAAGGUUCGUUGGAAUGGGAAGGUGGAGUCGGACAUUGUGGGCCGUGAACAUGAAGAGCGCAGGCUCCUAGAUCAGUUGAUCGUGAAAGAUGGCAAUCAGGACGCGUUGAGACUUCGCGUCAUUUCAGUUGUGGGAGAAGAAGCCAUCGGCAAGACAGCUCUCGUGAGAAGCGUGUACAGCAGCCUCAAGAUUGAUCAUAGCUUCCAUUGUCGCGUCUGGGUUCAUGUUCCUGAAAGGUUCACCCUGGAAGAUCUCUUGGUGAAGAUACUGAAGCAAACACCUCAGAAAGAACUGAAGGAUAUAGAGCACAAGGGAGAAGAAGAACUCAAAGAGAUCCUUCACAAGUCCUUGAUGAAAUUGAGGUAUCUCAUCGUGUUUGACAAUCUACGUAGGGCCGAGGACAUGGACGAGCUUAUGAUCCUCCUUGCAGAUGCAAGGAGUGGAAGCAGAGUCAUCGUUACCACUCGGGUUCCUCAAAUUCCAUCACGUAUAGACCCUUGGGCUUCUCCUCUGGAGCUGCACAAAUUAGGUGCAAACCAAAGCGAGCGCUUGUUGAGCGAAUGGGGCUCCGUUGCCGAAGAUCCAGAGCGGCAAGAUCCGGAGCUCAAAGCACGGAUUCUGAACAAGUGCAGUGGCUCUCCUCCGAAGAUUUUGCUGCUUGGAGGACUUGUGGCGGCGAGCGGUGAUUCUUCUCCUGUCAACGUGGAUCAGCACACUGAUAAUUCCACGCUCCGCGAUAUCGUUUGCUUGAGCUACCGGAAAUUGCCUUCCCUGCUCAAGCCCUGUUUGCUUUACUUGUGCCUCUUUCCCAAAGAUUGCGAGAUCUCCACAAGGAGGCUCUUUCAGCUAUGGCUUGCCGAAGGAUUGGUCCUACCCUUGGAACAUACUACAGCCCGAGGUGAUAGAGAGCAAUUGCUCGGAUCCACAGCCAUGGAGUGCUUCAAUGAAUUAGUCGGUCGAAACUUGGUUCACGUGGUGAGGCGUAGGAAGCUCAGUGGAUGGCCCACAUCGUGCCGCGUGCCUAGUUUCCUACACGAUUUCUUGUACGAGACGGCAACGCGACUGAGACUCCUUCAGAUCCAUUCCGACAUUCACAGCGAGGAAUCUAAGGUUGUCAAUGGCUGCUCAUCAUGGAUUGUCAAGUAUCAAGAUGAUAAUUAUGGCCAAAAAUCUCAGCAGGUUGCUGAGACAGAGGAUAAUCAGCACAGCGGCAUCCAACUCCAACACCUCCGCUCCUACGUAUCCUUAAACACGCAGAAGCGGGGGACACGCUCGAGGGACAUCGAAGAGUUGAUCCGGCAAUUGACUGCAAAGGGAGACACUGGUCUGCUCAGGGUGCUCGAUCUGGAGGGGGUUUACAAGCCGUUGCUCCCCGACAGACUUGGCAAUGUGCUGCCGAACUUGAGGUACUUGGGAUUGCGAUGGACGGUCCUCGACUCAAUCCCAGAAUCGGUCGUGAACAUGUCCCGCCUUGAGACGUUGGAUCUGAAGCACACUAACGUCAGGAAUUUGCCGAGUUGGAUUUGGGAGGUGAAGUCCCUCCAGCACCUGUACAUGAACGAGGUAUGUUUCGAUGAGUCCAGCAUUCCUCGUAAACCGUCGUCUACGGGGAAGCACCAGAGCAAUCUCCAAACCUUAUGGGGAUUGUACAUUGGAGCUGCUAAGAGUCCCAUGUUCGAUGUGCUUAGUAACUUGACUAGGCUCGAGAAAUUGGGGCUGACGUGCAAUUCUCAGGUGGUGGAGAAAGCGACCAAGUGCAUUUCGAAUCUCACGAGGCUUCGAUCCCUCAAGUUGAGAUCCAGGGAUCUCUUCGGUCAGCCCUCGGAUCUCAACUUGAGUGACAUGACUGGACUCGAGUCCGUUUCGCACUUGUGCUUGCUCGGGGGCUUGUCUAGAGCCGGCUUGAGCUGCCUUCCUAGGAACCUGAAAAUCCUUACCUUGUCCAUGUCAGGACUAGGCAAUGAUCUGACGCGGGUCCUAGGAAAGCUCGAGAGCUUGGAAAUUCUCAACUUAUUCGCAGACUCUUAUGCUGGGUCGAAAUUGUAUUGGCCCGCAAAUUCAUUCCCAAGGCUUCGCGUCCUCAAACUGUGGAAGUUGGAGGGAUUGGAAAAUGCUUCUGUAGAAGAAACCGCUCUUCGUUGCCUGGAAGAGCUGGAGAUCAAGAAGUGUGGACACCUAACGUCUUUUGAUUCAUUGUAUCACAUUGAGUCCCUGAAACAAAUUAGUUUGAUCGAAGUGAAGGAAGAACUGGCAACGAACAUCAAACGAGGACUGAACCAAAAACUAUUCAUCAACGGGAAGCAACUGGUGACUUCUUCUUCUUCUUCCCGAGAAGUAUUCAUCAAAGAGAAGCAAUUGGUGACCUCCUCCUCUUCUUCUUCUGCGCCGGUAAUGUUUCAUCGCCUUUAUGCGUUCUUUUUCCGUGCAUUUCCUCAUUUACAUGCUCCGUUUUUUAGCACCUUGAUCAAGCUUAUCAAGAGGUAAUUUCGCCACAUAAAUUGUUGCAAAUUCGAUAUUCAGGUGCCUAUACUUUCUUCUUCAACUUCAAAUGACAGUAAGUUCUUUUCCUCCUAUGCAAAAAUGCAGGUGCAGCGACGAGCACAGUGACGAGCAACGGGUGUGAAUCAUGUUUUCCGGCCACUGUCAUUUUAUUUUCUUGAUUUUCAUCGUGUAUUGCAAAUUAAAUUUGAUAUUCCAAGUGUUUUCCCCAGGAGACAUUGAAGUUAGAUUCUCAUCUUGAACUAAAUUCUGUCGUAGACAUAUUCUAUGUAAUAUUUUCAUCCAGACAGAGCUAUUCAAGUGCA